CGCAUCAACAGGAUCCGGGAAAAGUAGCUGGAAAGCUACGCAUUUGUAGUUGAAGGUGAAAAAAGCUUGCACCGUAGCUCUACUGCAAAGCUGGGUGAGAUUUACAGUGGGGAAAUAGUUGGCAGGUCGAGCAAAGACAAUAAUACUCUCGUGACAUAAUUGUGUAUCAACGUCCAAAACGGUGAUUAGCACCGUUACAAUAAUCAUUGCUUCGCUCAUGACGAUGACGGGGAACACUCCGAACAGGCGCCGCGCUCCGACUCCGACGGGGAACAGCACAUGGCGGUUGCAGGCGAUCGCAGCCGCGCUCUCGCUAUGUUUCAUUCAUUUAGCCAGUGGACGAGCGGAGGACGCCAUGACGCCCCAGGCGAUGGCUAAGCUUGUAGGCGAUGCCAUUGUUCGCCACAAGGACGUGUUUCUGGUGUGGAACUACGGUGGAGCGCUGGUAGUUGACGGACUGUGGAAAGCAAACGAGACGUUCCAGCUGAACUACGCUGACACCGUAGACGCACUGCUGACGCACUAUCUGAGCGACGCCGAGUCGUUUGCCUACAAGGCAGUGCACGGCGAGAGUAUUCCACACGGCGGCACUAUAGGCGACAGCGAGGGCCUCUUUCCGAUUGCGUAUCUGAACCGUGCACUGUCGUAUAGCCAUGGACCGGCAGCAAAGCCCGGCUACUCAAACGUUUCCGACUUUAGAGUAGCUGAGUACAUUGCACGUAACUAUGUUCUAAACUGGCCAGUAAGGCUCAGCGAUGGCUGCGUGGCACGCGAUCACGGCUGGGCUGGGCAGAGCGGGCACGACUCGUUCCUCUGGGGCGACGACCAGUACAUGGGCCUAACGCUGGCCAGUAGACUGGCUAUCAUGACCGGCAAUCUCACCUUUGCCCAGUUUGUCGGCAAGCAAACUCCAUUGUUCUUUGAGCACAUGCGCGACCCCCAGGACGGUCUCUUCUACCAUGGCUACAACGCCGCCGACAAGGAGGAGUCCUGCUGCAAGUGGGGUCGUGGCAAUGGCUGGGGACUGUUCAGCCAUGUCGAGGUGCUGGCCGCGCUGGAGAGGUUCCCCGCACUGAGUGAACAGACCUCGGCGGUGACGGCAAUGCUGCAGGAACGGCUCGACGCCGCGCUGCAGUUUCAGAGCCCAGACGGUCGCUGGCAUCAGCUGGUCAACGAUACAGACUCCUUCCUUGAGACGUCCGUCACGGCUAUGUUCACAUCGGCUCUUGCUCGCACCGUCAUCAACAAGUGGGCCAACGCCAGCAGUCUUGAGCGGUACACCGCUGCUGCUAGAAAGGGUUUUGCAGGCUUGACGAAGACGGUUGAUCCAGACACGGGAGAGGUGAGUGGCGUUUGCUCGGGUACGGGGAUACAGACGAACGCCGACGCGUAUCGCCACCGGCCCACCGUCUACUUGGCGAGCGGUCCGGGUGGCUUGGGCUCCGUACUCUCUGCCGCUGUGGAUAUAUACAACAUGGAAGUACUCCUGCAAUCAUCGGCACACUGAUCACUGAAAGAUCUUUGCCCACUGGGAGACUAUCUUGCAUGCCAGUCCCCCCCCCCCCCCCCACACACACACCUUCCGUUUCCGGUCCCGUCAACAUCUACUGCCACAUUCUCUUGCACAUAAGUGCAUGUUGGUAUGUUAUUUGCACAUGCGCACAUUCAAGGCCAUGGUCUUAAUAUUGAAAUUUCACAGAAUUGGUCUCAUUGGAGGAGCAUAAUUUUAAGUCUCAACUAUCAAAAUAUGAGUGCAUUCAGCUCUCCCGCAUUGAUUCAGGGAACAGCAUGAGCUUUGAAAUUUAUCUCUUUCAUAAUGUUAAUCCAAGAAAAAUGGAAUAAUAACGUCUUCUGAGAAA